CCAGCAGAGAGAGAGAGAGGGAGAGAGAGAUGUCCGGUGAGUGGAGGAAGUGAGCAGUGAUCAUGUUGUGUUGUUCAUGCGGUGGCCGGCUGCAGACAUCCGUCGCCCCCCUGGCCCUAAUCCAGCUAAGUAGUCCCGCCUUUCUGCUGCUUGUUGGGCAUCUGAAAAUGGUGUGAUCUGCUGGGGACGACACCGCUGACUGAAGAUGACCACUGAGACUUUUUAGCGGCCCCUGGUGGUGUGGAAGAAUGAGGGCGUCUGGAUGAAGGCCAUGGAGCUGAAAGUGUGGGUGGACGGCGUGCAGCGCAUCGUGUGUGGCGUCACGGAGUUCACCACGUGUCAGGAGGUUGUCAUCGCGCUGGCGCAAGCUAUCGGCCGCACCGGCAGGUAUGCCUUAAUUGAAAAAUGGCGGGAGACGGAGCGCCACCUGUCGCCUCAGGAGAACCCUGUGGUGUCACUCAACAAGUGGGGUCAGUACGCCAGCGACGUCCAGCUCAUCCUCCGGCGUACCGGCCCUUCCGUAAGCGAGCGGCCCGACUCGGACCGUCUGGCUCGUGGAAGCGAGCGCGCCUUCUACCGCCAGAGCUUGCCGCCUUUGGCAAAACUCCGGGCAUCGGCGGCGGACCGCUCGCUUAAACGCAGGGAGCCCAAACGCAAGUCUCUGACGUUCGGCGGAGGUCUGAGGGAAAUCUUUGGGAGGAGCAGAGACCAAGAAGCUAAGCAGCGGCAGCAGCAGCGAGGUGUGACCUUAAACCUGACCCGGCUUGUCACUGCCGGGGUGUCGGUCCCGAGUAGUCCGGCCCGCGAGCUGAGCCGACUGGUGCAGCUCCAGAGAGACAAACUCCAGCUUCUGGAUGGCCGCCUGCUGGACUGCGAGGUCCGAUUGCGAGACUGGGAGGAGGCCAGUGAGGAUGGAAACCUGCAGGAGGAGCUUCUGCUUUUGGAGGAACAGGUGAUGAGGAACGACGCCGAGAUGGAGGAGGAGGAUUUCUGGCAGAACGAGCUGAGCAUUGAGCAGGAAAACGAGCGGCGGCUCCGACAGCAGCUGGCCGAGCUGCAGGGCCGCAUACGCAACUGCGAGGACGAGCUGUCGCAAUACUUGGCGCACAUGCAGAGCAUGGAGGAAGAGCGCCAGCAGCAGGAGGAGCAGCUGAGUCACAUGAUCAACGAGGUAGAGCUGCAGGCCCAACUGGAGAACGUGACAGCUGAGCUGGAAGUGCAAAACCAGCACACAAUUCACCUUGAGAAUGGUUGCCAGGUGUUGGAACGCUCGCUUGGACAGUCAAGCAAGAAACUUCAGGAGAAGGAGCAGCAGUUGGAGCAGCUGACCAAAGAGCUUCGUCAGGUCAACUUGCAGCAGUUUAUUCAACAGACGGGCACAAAGGUCACCGUGCUGCCCGCCCAACCGGCUGGCGACAGCAACAACAACAACAACAAGGAGACGGACUGUGGCUCUUUAAGACGUCUGCUACAGUGCGACCUGCGCCACCUGCAGAACAGCAACACUUGCAGCCUCAACCCUGAGGGCAUCUACGUGUGAUCCUCAUCCGUCAAAACACUUAUUGCUCAUUUGGGCUGCAGGUGAUGUCCCUGGAACUAUACCUGUGCACUGCGCGGCCCACAAACAGCCUAAAAAGGAAUUGUAGGAUCUUUUUUCGGCUGCAUCUUCCACAUUAGGACUCCAAGGGAUGUCAUUAACUGCAGGAAUGUUUUUUUAAAUGACUAUUAUUGGAAUGCUAACAACCAUCAAGAGUAGGGAAUAUGCACGAGCAUGCGCACAUCACAUUUGAUUGCCUUACGCUGAUGUGUUUCAAUGCACACAAACUCACCAGCAAAGAAGUCGUUUUAGUCUAGUUUGAAAAAAAGGUUCAUGGGAUUUCUUAACUGAGCUUUGCCUUUUAGUUCCAGUGAGAACAAUCUGAUUUACUUAGCUUACAUCCAGUUUUGCUUUAUAACACAGAUUCUCCUAUUUUGCUUCCGCCUUCAUUUUGCACGUCAUACCAGCAUUGGCCACUAGAUGGUAGCAAAGUAUAGAUCAUUAGUUUUUGCUAGCAUUAGCGCCAAAGGUGCAUCUUGAUGUGUGAGCAUUAGUCUUUUUAACUAAAAAAAAAGAUGUCUACUGUAAACCAAAGCUAGUGUGACAAAACAUUUAACCAGAUAUUAGAGGAAUGUAUUUUUUAUGUAGCAUCCACUUUAAAACAGCCAGUUGCCUCGUUCCAAUAAUUAAAUGUUUGCAUUUGGAGAGACACAAGCCUGCUUGCUGUCUUUCUAUUGCAUCAAUGGAUGAUAGUUCGACUUCUAACUGGUUAAAAAAAACUCUGGCUACCGUAUUUUUCGGACCAUAUGGCGCACCGUAUUAUAAAGCGCACUGCUGAAGAGCAGGGUCUAUUUUCAUACACAAUUGAAGGGGUCACAUUAUGAUUUUUUUUUCUAAAUUGAAAACACUUCCUUGUGGUCUGCAUAACAUGUAAUGGUGGUUCUUAUGUCAAAAUGUUCCAUUGAUUAUGUUUUACAGACCAUCUUCAAGUCGCUUUCUAACAAGUCUCUUCAGGAUGCGCCGUUUUGUGGGCGGUCUUAUUUACGUGGCUCACCUUCGGCUUCGGCAGAGUCUUCUCCCCGUCAUCUUUGUUGUAGCGUGCAAUGACGGGAUUCGAAGAAGGGUCAAAAGAUGGAGCUAACUGUUUUCAUUAAACUCAUACAUUACUUAAAAUAAUAACAGGGCGGCAUGUCAUCAUCAGUGGCUCACUAGUGCAAUAAAACUACCGGAAAUGUGUCCCGUGAAUAACCGUCCGACCAGAACUGUUUAAUAACUACAUUUCCGCGUUAAUAAUGUGAAACCCAUUACACCUGUGGUUUGUAGCGCUUUCAUAGCGAGUAUCUUGACACAUAUAAGUUAGAACUUUACACUACUUUAUAUUAAAAAUGGCAAGAGCGGAAGAUGAAUGCGCCCUGCGAUGAGGUGGCGACUUGUCCAGGGUGUACCCCGCCUUCCGCCCGAUUGUAGCUGAGAUAGGCGCCAUCGCCCCCCGCGACCCCGAAAGGGAAUAAGCGGUAGAAAAUGGAUGGAUGGAUGGAUGGAAGAUGAAUGCCCCAUGACAAGAAUAUACAGGACAAAGAAUGAGCUUAACGGCACGGACUGCAACGGCGGACAUUCGCAAAUUUUCCGGAUUUAUGCAAAUCUCAAAUAGAGAUCAGCAGGUACCAGAAGGUAAGAAAAGUGGGUUUUGCACAAUAUUGCGGAAAAAAACGGCAGGCAACAUGUUUGCUAUUAGGUGCCAUUUUGCGGUUCUUAUCCACACCAUAAUAACACACCAAAUGUUGAAGCACAGCACGUCUGACGACGGUAGCAGUAAUGCUCCGACUAUUCAUCAAGCGAUGCGGCUUCAUAGAUUACCAAAGUCGUACUAAAACUUUUUGAACGUCUUGAGUUAUGUUCUAUAUUCUCAAUGAAACAUCAACGUAUUGGUGUUGCUUGCUGGCGUCAUCAUGCCCUCUGCACGCGUCUCUUAUGUGUGACUGCCAUCUACUGGUCACACUUAACAUUACACCAUGCACCAAAUAAAAUAGCUUCGAGGUCGGUAAGCACAACCAGAAUGAUUCCGUAUAUUCGGCGCACCAGUAUUAAGGCGAAUUUUUGAGAAAACGAUAGGAUUUUAGGUGCGCUUAUAGUCUAGAAAUACGGUGGUAAAAACCAUCGGAAGAUUAUACAAUUAAAAACAACCUCUAAUUAGUAAAAAAAAGAACAAUAAGUAGACGAUACUAGUGAUGGACUUCUAACUAGUAAAAAGCACCUUUUAUUAGUAAUAAAUAUCAGUAAAUGAUAUUAGUGAUAGACCUCUAACUAGUAAAAAUCAUGUUUAGUUAGUAAAAAAAAACAUCAGUAGGUAAUAGUGAUGGACUUCUAAUUAGUAAAAAGACGCUUCUAAUUAGUAAAAAAAAGGCAUGCCUUACAGAGAGGGUAUUGUAGAUAACAAAAUAAACCCCAUCAUAUGCAGGAAUGGUUAAAUUUGCUCUGAAAGAUAGCAAAAAAAAAUCUAUGCCGGGUGUACAGAUGUUGCCUGUAAUUAAUUUCUGUUGUGCCAUUUUCAAUAAAAAUAUAAAAAGAAA